AAGAAGAAGAAGUACAGUGACGCAAAUCAGAUGCGACUCUCUCAUUUUGCAGUGGAUAUUAUGCGUAGGCAUGAAUACUAUCCACUAGAUAGUAUCCUGUAGGCUCGGAGGCUCAAACAUUGUGUCGUAUAUAAAAAAGCAGAGUUACUGUGCAGGAGGCAGACAUGGCACAUUUCCAUCAGACGUGAGUCGAAAUCGCUCCGUGGUCUCAGUGAGACAAACGAGGCAGUGACGGACGGUAAGGCUGUGCGUGUGUGUUUUUAGCUGCGGAAACACGCGAUGAGAAGAAACCAAGCCAACAUGUGUUGUCUGGUGCCCUGAAGGAAAUCACAUGUUUAUAUUUUUGGCACGUGCUCGCAGCUGGUUAGACUGUGUAGCGAACGCCACAGGAACACAAGGCCAAGACAAAGACUGUCUUUGAUAAUUCUGCCAAAUCAUCGGUGAUCCCCGAGACACACCAGUGUCCAGUAUCACCUCUCCACUCAAAGUCUGCUCUGGCAUCGCUGAUAUCAGCUGGCCUGAAGCAUCAAUGGUAAGCUAAUCUGAGAGCAUGGCAUGGGAAGGGAGUAUGUCCCCCUUACAAAAAAGAAACAAACAAAAUCCAGAUUCAACACUGUUGCAUUUGAGCUGACUGACCCGCGGACAUCGGACAAAAGGAUUCCUACAGCUUCAUGCUCUCAUGUGAGUCUCCACCACCUUAUUCAGUCUCUGCCUGAUGCAUUGAAUGCAUCGAAUGACGAGCCACCAGAGCAGAGCAGAAUACUUGAAGAAGGGGAAGGCAUUCAUGUCACCGUUCAGUGGAGUGUCUCACCUGUGUAGGCGAGCUAAGAGACGCUUAUAUUGCAAAUUACAACUCUGGAUGUGGAGGAAGCGGAGAGAGAAGUGCCGGUUUUGGGUUGCGAGGGCUAAAAAACGGGUGUGUGGGAUCACCUCUGGCUUUCGCCCCUUUCCGGUUUUAAAGACACAGUCACAGGAAAGCAAAGGGAUUCACGCGCUAAAAAUAGAACACGCCGAGGUGAAGACUUCAUCGUGUCUGUGUGGGAGUGGAUGUUCAGAGGACGCCUUUAGACGGCAGAACAGCCGGCCGAAGCUGAGUGACAGCCUCUCAGGAACACUUGGUGGUUCCAGCUGCUCGCAGAGCCACAUUACUGACGCAGAUGUUGCUGGAGAGACCUUCAGUCAAACCACUACAACACUGCUUAGUCAAAUCCCUUUAAAAUGUAUUCACACUGACAAACCCGUGCAGAGUACACACAGUAAUGCACGUGGAGGUAUUAGACAGUUUACAGUUCCAAGGACUAUGCUGGCAAAAAGGCUUGAGGUUGACGGCCCAUCAGGACAAUACACAACUGUUACUCCAAGUAAGGACCAGACUACAAACGUGGACACUGAUGAGAGAAGUAGCUGUACAAACACAAUGUCCUCUCAGACUUGUAUCAGCCUUAAAGCACUGAAUAAAGCCACCCAGGAAUUUCUUGAUGACUUCUACAGAAUAUACGGAAGUUUCAUCCCGCUACGCAACAGCGACGUGUUCCGACAUCUGAACAGGAAGUUUGACACUGACCUCAGUGACAGGAAAAAUGUAAUCUUCGCAGAGGUCGCUAGAUACAGCACAGCCAUCAGUCAGAAGCCUGUUAUAUCUUUCCGGGUGGUCUACAAAAAGCACACACUGACACUGGAGGAUUUGUUGACACUGGCGGAUCAGAACUGGCUCAAUGACCAGAUCAUGAACAUGUACGGAGAACUGAUCGUGGAAGCGUCGCAUCACAAGGUCCAUUUCCUCAACAGCUUCUUCCACCGGCAGCUCAUGACUAAAGGAUAUGAUGGCGUCAAGCGGUGGACAAAACAGGUGGAUUUGUUUUCUAAGAGUCUGCUCUUGGUGCCCAUCCACCUGGAGGUUCACUGGUGUCUGGUGACAGCUGACAUUGUCAGAAAGAAAAUCUGCCUUUACGACUCUCAAGGCAUCGCUCUGCUGAAGGUUGCGAGGAACAUUCUGAAAUACUUGAUGACGGAAGCAAAAGAGAAGCGUCAAGCGGCUUUUGAAAACGGUUGGAUGGUGUCAUUUGAUGAGAAAGUUCCACAACAGACCAAUGAGAAUGACUGUGGCGUUUUUGUCUUGGAGUAUUCUCGAUGCCUGGCCCUGACGAGGCCGCUCCGUUUUUCCCAAAAGGACAUACCAAAGAUUCGAAAGAGGAUCUACAAAGAACUCUGUGAUCGCAAGCUCCACGAACAGGACUGACCCAGCACAGGUUUACAGUCGUAUGUAUAUAGCGGUGAUGAUAUGUGCUGCUUCUGAUUAUGAUAUGAAACCAGUGGCGUCACAGUCAUUAGUAGCCUUACAGCACAUGUCUGGCCGCCGGUGGAGAGCAUCAGUCUUAAACCAAGUGCACUGUUCCGACUUAACUCUUGACUGCAUUUAUAUGUUCAAUAUUUAAUCAGGCAUGUUAUUUAAGAAGCUAUAUUUAUGUGUGAACUUGGGAGUUUACAGGUAUGAAGUGCACCAGCACAGCCUUACUGAAUGUGUCACUGUGCGUGUGUGUGUGUGUGUGUGUGUGUGUGUGUGUGUGUGUGUCUGUCUGUCUGUGUCUGUCUCUGUCUCUGUCUGUGUGUCUGUGUGUCUGUGUGUGUGUCUGUGUGUGUCUGUGUGCGCGCGUGUGUGGGGGUGUCUGUUCGUUCUGGUGUUACCUUUUUACAUGAAGUCUCCUUCCCCGUGUGUGCGCCCUAGUUUACCUGUUAGCACCAGAUGACUGAAUCCAAGUGAGUUCUGUCCAGUGUUUCACAAAAGUGACAUGGAUGUAAAGUUUUAAAUAAAAGCUGCCAUUUUCCAAAUA